AUGCGACUGGCCACUGGCGCAAAGCUAGCCAACUGUUUGGCCAGUUUAGUUAAGGCCACUUGUUUAGUUCGAAAAGUACAACAUCCUCCUCCACUGGCAACGUCCUUGAUGACCUAUUUUCUGCUAGAUGAAAAGAGGCUCCUGAGAUGAAUGUUCUGAACAUUCAGAGGAUGAAUUAUGUAAUCCCGAUCAUUCCUGCAAAAAUCUCUCUAAUGUUGGCGCAUUUUUUGGUGCCAUGGGAAUGUCUUUCAUCGCCAAUUGGGCACUCACGCUGAUGAUGAUUCCCGCAGUGGUCGGGGUGUACGGCAGCGCCUCCUGGAUGCUCAAAGUGAAGAGUGAACAAACCCAGAGAACCGACAAGGGCUAUCUCGAAGCCGCGUCCAUCGCGGAAGAGUGUUUCCGAUCCAUCCGCACUCUGUUCUCGUUCUCCACAGAGCGAAGGGAAGUGAAAGGUUAUGCGCAAGCCUGCAACCGCGCGAAGACCGCCUACACGGACACUUAAGGCUCGGAGACACAAUUUAAUUCAUUAUUCAUUUUCAAGGGUCUGUCAUGUUCUUCGGUUUCUCCCUUGGGAUUGAUUCCGAGGAAAUGAAGGGAAGAAGCAAAGAUGAAUUGUAGUUUUGAGCUCUGUCUAAGACACGGUGGUCAAACUAGGUCUCGCAGUCGGGCUUCAAGCAGCGGCCAUCUACAUUUUUAUCGCCAUUGCGCUUAUUUUCGGACGACUGCAGAUCUUCACCUGGAAGCAGAAUGUUUCGGCUCCUGACGUCGUGUCAGUCAUCUUUUUUAUGGCUACUUUCGCUAAAAAUUCAUCUGUGAUUUUUUUUCAAUUUAAAACAUGUUCUUAUCUGAUUCAUUUUCAUUCUUAAUAUGCACCCUUGUUCUCUCAACCUGUUUCCAAUGGGAAGGGAAGAAGAACAUGUCAGAUGAAGCAUCCUGGAGACGAUUACAAAGGGUGAAAGCUCUCAGGAUGCUGCUCAAAAGAAGGUGAACUAAUUUGGGCCAGCUCUAAUUUCUACGUCUUUUUAGGACUGAUCCAGCUACAAUCGGCAGCUAGCUAUUUGAUCGUCUUUGCGGAUUUCCGUAUUAGCUUUGCGAAUGUUUUGUCGCUGGUGAAAAGAAACGAGCAAGAACCAGGCUUGUCAUUCGGCGAUGACCGCUUAGAUUAAGGCUUCCGGAAUUCCAUCAUCAGAAGCAUUUCGGUGCUAUCUUGUAAGGGAAAAACAGACCCGAGAUGACUUUCAAGAUGGAUUCCGGGAAGAUCUAACUAGAACUUACAGUCGCAGAAUUGCAGUAUUUGCCUCAUCUCAACUUCGGCUCGGCCGAAAUGCGGCAGAUGAACGAGACUGUCUCUGGUAAAAAGGGUGGCAUGCUGGACAAAAACGCUACCUCUCCUCGCGCAAUUGUUAAGCAAGGUGACGCUUCUAAGGGCAUCUUAAGUGGAGGUGGAGCGGAGAAUGUGCGUCGUGUAGUCGUUCCUCUCGUGCCAGAAGUGGGUGCAGGAGGAGGUGGUGCAGGGGCAUCUUCACGUUCACCUUCGACAAAUGAGUCAUCAGCACGAACAGCGACAGGCACCACCGCAAGCCUAGUGAGUCCGAUGCGCACGCAACUCGUGCAAGCUUGUCUCGCCCAUGGCGGCAAGACCGCAGUAAAGACUGGGCUCGGCGGCUUGUUUGGCACUCUAGAAGCGCAACUAGAACAGAUACCACAAAAUCGCGACGAUGACGAAGAGGAUUCACGUGCUUACUUAGUGGAAUGCGACUUCCCGACACUGGAUGCGCUUGUGCGCAAAAGGUGGGCCACGUGGAUGCCUGCAGCUGGAGGCACUCCAUCAAGUCCAAGCCAAGAAGGGAAUGCAGAUUAAGGCUUCUACAAUAAUUUUGAAUAAUCCAUCUUCAAGAACUGUGGACGGUGAAUCAAAUCCUAUCCUAUCCUAUCCUAUCCAGCACCAUUCUGAAAGCGUUAGUCUUAAUAAAGUACUUCUAUCACUGACUUCUGUCUUUUCCUAGUUAGGCUGGCUUCAACGAUAUUUAAAUGUAAGAGGGAACGGGAAAAGAUAGUUCCAGGAUGCACUUUCAGCCAUCCUGGGACCCUUUUAAAGGGGGAAAAGGUAGUUCCAGGAUGCACUUGUACGUAGAUGGAAGAUUUCAGGAUGUUGAAGGUCUAAGCAGAGGCUCAAUUACAAGAUAAGAACGUGUGGGAGGCUAUUGUGCCGCAAGCUGAGGUUAAAGUCGUUGCAGCAAAUGUACACGAAGACUCGAUAAAAACGAAAACACUGGAAGACUUCUGUUUCGAUGUUCUUGGCUUCCGUCUCGAACAGGUGGGAAGCAGAGACCAGAAUGCGGGUUCGAGCUGGGCGUACACACUCUUCGUUCUCGAUGUGCGUCCCGACUCUUUAGCAGCGCGUGCUGGCGUGUGCGCCGGCCACCGACUCGUGCGCUGGAAUGGGCAAGAUGUGGCCACUUUGCGAACCAGCAACGGAAACAAAGCGUUAUUGGUUUCUUCUCUAGAAGGAUCCUUACUAUCUUCAUCUGGAGGAUCUACAUCGCCAAGCGCAGGAGGAGAGACUACCGGUACAACAGAUUCUAGGGGAGCAGGAGGUGCAGGAGCUCCUAUGACUAUGGUGUUACCUAACAUUGUGGAAGAGCAACUGUCUAGCACAGGUGCCUUAAUAAUUCCUCCACCUGCUACCCCAGGAGGCGGACGCGGAGUCCACACCUCUCUCUGCGUGAGGACGCCGGCCAAGUCCUUGUUGCGUGCGGAUCCAAAAGUGUUUCGUGACUUGCUCUUAGAAUCUCGCAAUGCGCCGCUGCGGUUGUCCUUCCUCGAGGCUCAACAAGGAGUGACCCUGGUCGGUCGCAGCGUAGACUUCUUCUACCCGACGCGUCCGGAAAAACGCGUCUUGAAGGAGCUGGACUUCUUUUAAGGGUUGAAACAUUUCAUUUUUACUAUAGGCAGCAAACGAUGCGCUUAGGAUUUCAUAAUAUUAGAGGUUGUUUGUACUUUUGUUGUUCUUUAUUGGGCAAAGCCCAAUAAAUAUGCUUUUCUGCCUUUUUAAGAUUGUUCUUUAAAAGUGAAAUGUUUCUACCUUUAACUCUUGAUCAAUCCUGGCGAAAAAGUCGCCUUCGUCGGUGGCAGUGGGUGCGGAAAGAGCACGGUUUUGCAGCUGUUGCAACGCUUUUACGAUCCGGUGAGCGGUAGCAUUCGUAUGAACGGCUACACUUUGCCUUCUCUGUCGGCAAGUGAAUUCCGCAAAACUGUAGGGGUGGUUUCCCAGGAUCCGACACUCUUUUCCAGUUUGACGAUUCGAGAAAACUUGCUUCUAGGCAUUGACGGCCAGACGCGUCGCUGCAUCGACGAUGACACCAUCUUGGACACUUUGAUUAAGGCUCCUUACCUCCGUCAUUCAUAAUGAUCAGACGCAUCUUGGACCUCUUUUUUAAGGGAAAAAGUAGAUGCCAAAGAUAAAAACUUCCAGAUGAAUUAAUCUAUACUAUUAUAGGUAAAAAGGAGGUCUAAUUUGACGCAAGUGACGAUGCGGGAUUGGAUCGACAAGUUGCCUGCGGGCCUCGACUCCACUGGAGUCUUCCUCUCUGGCGGCCAAAAGCAGCGCCUUUCAAUUGCUCGCGCGAUACUAAGGAAUCCGGCAAUUUUGAUCUUGGAUGAGGCAACGAGCGCGUUGGAUAUGGAGUCCGAAAAGCAGGUAAUGGAGUGCUUGGACGCACUGGGUGGGCCCUCUGUAGGGCCAUUGCGAGAAGCAACUGGGAGCGCAACUAGUAUUAUGGCUCCAUCUACUUCUACAAAGAUAACAAGGAAGUUUAUCUUGUUGUAGGUAAAACAUCUCUCACUCUGGGAGCAUUUCCUUCUGUAGGUAAAACUAAUAGCACUUUGUCUUAGGUAUUAAGGUCUCAAAGCAUCUUUCUUGGUAUUUGUUUCACGGACAAGAUGAAAGAACACCUGAGUUGGACUUGAACUUGGAGCUACAAGGUCUAAGAAUAAUACGGCUUUGGGUCGUGCAACGCGUCAACGAUGGAAGAUGACGCUAGUGGUGGUGGCACAUCGGCUCUCCACAGUCGAAAACUGCGACAAGAUUUUCGUCCUCAACGAGGGCCGUCUGGCGCAAGUUGGUACCCAUGAAGAUUAAGGGCGGUUUUCGAAUUGCAUUCCUCACUACCAUGAUCCCUAGCUCUUUAUUUCUUAGUAGAAAUAAAGAAGCCAGGGAUCAUGUUCUCAGCAGGAAUGUAAUUCCGUGACCUCUAAGAAGAGCUGUUGCGGGACGCCACCGGCUUGUACGCUAGUAUGGUGCAGCAGGUUAAAAAGAAUUCUUCGCGGGAACAGGUCACGGCAAGCAUUAUUAUGGCUACCACUGGCGCUGGCGCAUCCUCACAACAUCAUGCUACUUGGCGCUUUUUCUACUUGAAAAAGAAGAGCUGAAGGAUCAUAUCCCUCUCAGGGAGGAUGCGACCGCGGUAGCUCUAACAUUAUGGCGCAAAGCGCGAGGCUCACCACCGAACGUCGUGGAGGCGAGCAAAAAUCUGUGAGUCCACGGUCCAUCGAUGUAACAACAAGUGGGAGCCAUCAACGAACAAGUGGAGGCCAUCGACGAAGCAGCAGCCCCCAAUACAAUAAAAGCAACCGUACUAAAUUGGCAUCAUCUCUUCAGCAGAUGAAGUCUUCGCAGGUAUCAUCUUCAGGUUCCCAACCAAGCAGCAACGCGACUAUGUCUUACACUGCUGGCACUAUGAUGAACCCUAUAGGAGGUCAGGGCUCUCCUGCUUUUGGUCCCGGAGUCUACAACCACCAAGAGAACAUGGGUGCGGAGUUGCACAACGAUGAACAAGACGAAGAUGCUGACGGCACUGGUGCGAUGGUUCGUAGCGGUGUCCGCAAUUUACUGAAUAUGCAAACCCCGAUUCGAUCUAUGGCCAUGACAGGUGCUGGAAGGAACAAUGCGGGAGGCGAUCAUCUUCGCGACCCUUUUGCAUCAGAAAACAUGAGCCCUCCGCUGCUGCAAUCCGUCGCAACUAUUGUUAAGGCUAUCGCUGCAGCGUGAUGUGAUGUCUCCUUAUUAUCAUGAUGAUCCUUGAACUUGAUUGUUCUUCUUUUUCAAGGUGGAAAAGAAGUGAGUGUCCGAGGAUAUGAUGAUGCUCAGGGAUGCAGCGACGCGAUAGCUCUAAUACGGUCCAACACGGUAUCUCCUACGUCACUCCCAGUGGAAGCAACCGUGCUGAGCGUGAUGAGCACCGCCACCGUCGUGGGAUUCCUCGGAGUGGUGAUACAACUAGACCUCGACGCGGUGAUGCUAGUCCGCCAUCACGCAGUAGUGCCGCAGAAGCUCUCGCUGCGCAUUCCUCUGACGAGGAAGAAAGGAGUGCUCGAGACAAACUCGUUGCCGAUAACGAUAGCAGCCCUUCGGACUCGGAGAGUGAUUUGGAGAAUCAGCGUGCGGACCUUUCGGCGACAGGCUCACGCGAGACAGCCCAGGGAGGUUUGUCAUCGGCGAUUUCUUCUAAAACCUUGACUAACACCAGCAUCAAAGUUUCACCACUUACAACUAGCAUAAUUCCAAGACGUGUUGAGGUCUCGGUUGCUGGAAGUUUGCACAGAAACAUGGAAAGAAGCCUUCAACUUAAAGGCAAACAAGUAGGUAACUUGAUGUUGGGGGCAGAACAUGGACGGCAAUUGAGUGGUGGUUCUUUGCGGGGUCUACAAGUACACAAUCAAGUACAACACCUUCAAGACCAAGAGGAAGAUGAAACCCAGCUUGGCUUCUACAAGUCUUCUUCAGACCACAGAAGAAUGGAUGAUGACUAUUUGCGAGGCCGUGAAGGUGAGCAGUCGUCAGAUUUCCCUUAUUUCCGAAGUGCUGACGUCGGCCAGGAGAUGGCUGCAAGAGAGGUUGUGAUGGAUAUGCUGGAGCGACAAAAAGUAUCUGCCUUCAGCAGCCACUAUAGUAAAAAUUCUGGAGAACUUCUACAUAAACAAGAACCAGAAGCUCGUGAAGAUCGAAACUACAAGGCUGUGGCUGGGGAAGAUGACGAUGCACCUAGCAGCGCGGUUUCUGGCGAUAGCACUGAGGAUGAUGUUGAAUACGCGACGUCGAUGGGCCAGUUGCGUAGACGUCGUAGCAGUGCUGCCAACAAUGAGCGGCCUGACGAAGAUGGCGGUAGUGCUUCUGACUCGGCCGCGAGCAGUCAAUUGGUGGUGAGUGGAGGGGAACCGAGUAGUGCUGCGUCCGUGUCGAGUGGCAGUCUAGACUACAAAAGUGAGGACGAACGAGGUGGAAAUCAUGGUGACGAAGAGGACGAUGAAGAAGUGGAUGCGGAAACCCAGAGGGCCCGCGCCGACGCGCGCCUUGCGAGACAGCGUGCUAGAGGCAAACAGGAGACCAGAGAAGAGAGACUCGUCAAAAGAGUCUCUCUUUCCAAAAUCAUUCGGCGUCUCCUGACCUAUCCAUACACGCGUCCAAAAGAGCGCCGUCUCUACUUUACCUCCGCGCUAGCCGUGUCCUUCAUCAGCGGCUGCUUGCGUCCUUUCUCAGCUUGGGUAUUAGUGAAGACUCUAGCCGCCAACAGUGCGGUGCCACAAGCCCAAUUGGCGCUGCGUAAUCCGAAUGUGGACCCGGGAAAAAAAGCCAUGGCCCAGGAGUUGUAUGACACUGGGAGAUGGUGGCUCGACGCUGGCGCCGUAGGGUUAGGGAUCUGUGGCCUUGCCCUCACCUGCACAACAUUGUUAGAAAACGUUUUGUACACGAAAAUCACUGUCCAAACCAUGACCAGAUUGCGGGUCCGUGCGUUUCGCUCCAUUUGUUGCCAGGAAAUGAUGUGGCACGAAUAUGGUCCUAACACGGCUGGACGAUUAGCGGUGCUGCUGCAGCGGUCCGUCGCGAGCUAUGCUCGCGUCAUUCAGUCGCUAGUUAAGGGUCGAUUUAGACAAUUCAUUUCCAAGGACCAUUCUCAUUCUCUUCGGCGAAUUCCUCUUGGAAUCCUCUUGGAAUCAUUCUCAUGCUGAAGAAAUUCCUUCAGGGAAGAAAAGACUUGUUUUAAGUAACCUCUAAUCUAGGAAAUCUUCUUGCGUACCUCAUCGGAGCGAUUGGGGCUCUGGUGGUAGCGUUUUGGACUGGCUGGCUACUGUCUCUCGUUUUGAUGAUCGCAAUUGUGGGGAUCGCGAUGUUGCUCGUGUUCGUCGCGCGACACGCGGAUGGGGGUUCGUCUGAUGUGUCCAACCAAGACGAAAAUGGAAGAACGCCUGCGGUUGUCGCCAUGUUGUAUAUUACCGAGAUUAAGGCUUUUCAAGGAAUCCGUCUCCUCCAGGAGCGAGGUGUCAAGCCUAUGUAUAAUAUGUCAUAUCUUGGGACAUUUUUCCUCUCUAAAGACAGAGAGGAAAAAGAAGCCCAGGAUGGCUUUCUUCCAGAUGGAUUCUUUCUGGGAUGAAGCUCUAACGAAAGUAUUUUCGCCAUUCGUACUUUGAGGGGCUUGAAUGGGUUGGAAGAAUUUUACUUACGGUAUAAAGAUUUGAGUGUCAAGGAGCAAGAAGAGAACCUCAAAAUUUGUUGGCGCCAAGCCUACUGCAAAGGCCUGAUGGAGACGGCGAACAGCGUGCUGUUCCUUACUGUGCUUGGUGUUGGGACGUUUUUAAUUGUGCUGGGAAUGAACGAUGGCACUUCGGUGUUUACCAUCCUCUUCGUCUUUUUGCUGAUUGCUGGUAGUGCUGCAAGUGUAGCCGAACUCCUGGCGUCCGAUCUUCCUGAAGCGAAAUUAGCCGCAGUAACGCUCUUCGAGGUUUUGGAUAGGCAGCCGUCUAUCCAAUACGCCUUUGACGACCGGGAUAACAUGCUCCCGCGACCACUGCGCGUCAAAGCGAUCAGCGCCAGUGCGAUUGAGGUGCAACAGGCGAAGCUGGAUUUGCUCAAACGGGAUCACGCAGUGGAGAAAUUUAACGAGUACAAGAGAAACAUUCGGAAAAACUACGGAAGCAAGGCUCAGACCACUUUUGAAAAAGCUUCUCCCGAGAAACGACAGCAGCUGAUAGAGCGAGCAGCAGUGCGAGUAGAGGUUUUGCAGUCACGAGUCGACCAGUCGCUGAUUCAUCCAAGUGUCCUAAAAGCGUACUCUUCCGGCAAAACGACCAGGCUCCACAGGGUGCCAACUUUCCGGUCCUUAGAAUUCUCAGAGGUUAGAUUUAGCUAUCCCGCACGACCUAAACUACCCAUUUUGCGUGGGCUAUCUCUGCGCAUCAGUCGGGGAGAAUCCGUAGCGCUUUGUGGGCCUUCAGGCAGUGGGAAGAGCACCAUCAUGCAGCUUUUGAUGCGGUUCUACGAUCCAAAUCUCUUCCUUAGAGAAAAUUACAAGCGAAACCGGGAUCCCGUGAAGUAUCUGUUGCAUGGACCGCACGCUGGACGUUUGGUGUUGAACGAUAGGCACGACUUGCGAUCUGCAGACCUGAGGUCGUGGCGCAAUAUCAUAGGGUACGUUGGUCAAGAACCUGUGCUUUUUGACAUGUCGGCUUGGGACAACCUGGUCUAUGGGUUGACAGCAGACGAGCAACAAUCGAUUACGGUAGAACAAGUGGCAGAGGCUGCGCGAAUGGCGAACGUGGAUUUCCUGGGUCCGCCAACUGCACCCCCGUCUUUUGUGCCGUCAGAUGUGGAUCAUGCUGACGGUGGGGAAGAACCGUCAGAAGCUGGUGGAGAUGAAGAUGUGGGUGCUGUUGACGGUGGGGAAGAACAGCCACUGCUUCUUCUAAAUGGUGCCACGCAGAUGAAGCACGCAGGAGGGGCAGAAGAAGGUGCUUCUAAAUUUUCGUUUGAUUGGCAUACGCCUUUGGGUACACGCGCGAGCCUGCUCUCUGGCGGUCAACGGCAACGACUGUCGAUCGCGCGCGCGCUCAUCCGCAAACCCCAAAUCCUUUUGCUCGACGAGGCGACUAGUGCACUAGACAACCGUUCUCAACUGGAAGUGCAGGUGGCCAUUGACCAGUUGAUUCAGCGGACAAAGGGAAAUUUGACCGUGAUCACGAUCGCCCACCGGUUGUCGACCAUCAAAAACUACUCGACCAUCAAGGUGAUCCAAGCAGGACGCCUAGUGGAGGAAGGCACGCACGAUGAACUUCUCGCUCUUGGUGGGGUCUACAAUCAAUUGCACAAGGCAGCACCGGAAGAGGAAGAUGAAGAGUGA